GACACACACUUAUACCUGUUGCCAAGGAAGGAAGACAAUCUGUUCUUCUCAUUCCUCUUAUGCCUUCUGAAGAAGUAACUGUUAUUGUUUUGAAUCUGUCUGAUGGUGGAUAUCUCCAGAGAUUAGAUCCCUGAACACAGGGAGCCAGUGUUUUAACCCAGCCAUGGAGGUUCAGAUUCAGGAGCUGAAGCUACAGCUUGAGAGACAAUGCCUGCGGAACAAGGAGCUGGAGUUCCAAAUACAUGAGUUAGAAAAUCUUCUCAAAGAAAAAGACAAUCAAGUCAAGGAUUUACAAGCCCGGUUUGGAGUUUUAGAUAUCCAUGAUGAGCAUUCAAGCACAGAGUGUGACCACGAGAUGCGGAACAGUCGCACAACCGCCAUCGCCCCUGAGCCUCUCCAGGAACACUGUGACAACUUAACACAGAGGAUUCAAAAGUCUUGCAGUGAAACAAACUUGAUUGUGAAGGCCAUCUACCAGAAUGACUUUCUGAACCGCUUGGAUGAUGAACAGAUCAAUAUGAUGGUGGAGUGUCUGUGUGGAGCUGAGUGGAGUCAGGGAGAGACUGUCAUUAGAGAGGGGACAGAGGGCAACACCCUGUACAUUGUAGCAGCUGGGGAGCUCCGUGUAACCCAGGGCGGCCGUGUUCUGCGCACCCUGUCCCAAGGGGAUGUCUUCGGGGAACUGGCGAUUCUCUACAACUGUAAACGUACGGCCACUGUCACAGCUAUCACAAAUGUUCGGCUCUGGUGUAUUGAAAGGCAGACAUAUAGAGCAAUCAUGACAGACAAAUCGAAAAGAAAACGGGAGCAGAUCAUGGGCUUCCUCAAGACUGCCAGAAUAUUAAAGCGACUCUCUGAUGCCCAGCUGUCAAAGAUCAUUGACUCCAUGGAUGAGUGUAAAUUCCAAAGCAAGGAGGUCAUUGUUCGUGAGGCAACAGAGGGAAAAACCUUUUUUAUAAUCCUGAAAGGAGAGGUGCGAGUGACAAAACAGGUGAAUGGACAGGAUAGAGAGAUUCGGAUUCUGGGAGAAGGGGAUCACUUUGGGGAGCUGGCUCUCAUAAGGGCAAUCUGUCGGACUGCAACAUGCACUGCAAUGGGCCCUGUCACCUGCAUCUCCAUUGAUAAAGAGGUUUUUGAAGAAACCAUUCCAUUUGAGAACAUAGAACUGCCUGAUGAUUAUGAUAUAUUUGACAAGGCUUUGUUGGCUUACACAAAGAGUGGUGUUUUCACUAACAACUCCAAAGUUUGUAUCCCAUCACGGCUUGAAGAAUUGGUGCCAGUUCUCUACCAGGAGGGCCAAUACCAGGGAGAACCGGUCACACUGGGAGUGGGAGGCUUUGGUCGGGUUGAACUGGUUACAACUCUCCAUAACAAACACUACUUUGCCCUGAAGCAAAUCAGUAAGCAGCACAUUGUCUCCAAGCAACAACAGGAGCAUGUCAUGCUAGAGAGACGUAUUCUCCAGGAAAUCCAAUGCAACUUUAUUGUCAGGCUGUAUACAGCAUUUAAGGACAGUAGAUACGUCUACAUGAUUCUGGAGUUCUGUCCAGGUGGAGAGUUGUGGACCAAACUUAGAGAAGCAAGGCGCUUUGAGGAGGUCAUAGCUGUCUUCUGUGCUGCCUGUGUGGUUGAGGCAUUUGCAUAUUUGCACAAGAAGUUGAUUAUUUACAGAGACCUUAAGCCAGAGAAUUUAAUGCUGGACCAGCAUGGAUACAUUAAGCUGGUAGAUUUUGGAUUUGCAAAGGAGUUAACGCGAGGGGUGAAGACAUAUUCUUUCUGUGGCACACCAGAGUACCUGGCGCCUGAGAUCAUACAGAAUGAGGGACACGACUUUGCUGCAGAUUUCUGGUCUCUGGGGAUCCUGGUCUAUGAGCUGCUGUCAGGAAGCCCCCCCUUCUCCAGCUCUGACCCCCAGAAGGUCUACAGUAAGAUUCUGGAUGGGAUCAUUAAAUUUCCUCACUACAUGGGAGAGGGAGCUAGGUCUCUCAUCAGCAAACUCUGUAGGCAACGACCAGGUCAAAGGUUAGGAAACACCAAAAAUGGAAUAAAGGACAUCAGAAACCACAGGUGGUUCAGCAAGAUAAAUUGGCAGAAAUUGCAGGCUGGACAGAUAGAAGCACCCACAAUACCACUGAUACGAAUGGGAUCACCGUACCUAAAUUUUGACAGGUUUCCACCUGAAAUAACAAAAGCAGAGGAGGAGUUCUCUGGCUGGGAUAAGGAUUUCUAAACUCUUGUGUUCAGGAGAUUCCAUGCUAAAAAGCAAGGGAAUGCAAGCUUGUGGUGUUUACAUAUAGACAGGGCAGACUGGACAGUCUUGAACAUGUUCAUCUUUGAUAUCUGGCAUGUAAGAAAUUAAGUAGAUACAUCAGUCAGCAUUUUUUUUUUUUUGGAACAGUUUAAUAUUUUACUGUGAAACACCCCUUACCUGUUACCAAACAAAGGCAGAUUAGUGUUAAGCCACAUUUCGAGUGGGACUGACUUGAAAGCGAUUUGAAAUCAGACUAGUUCAUCUCCAUCAGCAGCAGACCGCGAUCAAAUCAAUUUCAAUUAACACUCUUUAUCAGCCUUGCUAGUGUGCCCCGUCCCUGUGCAUAGUUUGUGUUGUAUGUUGUAUGUGGUGUGUUAUUUUUGGUGUGUAUAUAUAUUGGUGCACAGGAUAUAAUUUGGGCUAUGUAACGAGUAAUAUAUUUGUAUUUAGGCACAGGGAUUGCACAUGCAAAUAAAUGUGUAUGAACAUGUGGGCACGGAGAUUGCACAAAUUAGUUCACAUGCUAGGAUUCAAGUGAAUGAUUAAUAGUACAGUGCCUAUAGUA